AUGCCUAAAGUAUGUAACAACAUCAAAAUACCUAACGACCUGUUUGAAAUAACCCCUGUCGGACCAAAAACAUGGGCUUUUUUCCUAAAUUCAAAAAUGUUCCUGCCUGAUUUGUUUGAUUAUUAUUAUAUAAUAAAAUUUGACAACUUUUAUUUUUUCAUCUCAUUGAAUUCUUUCCUAAUUAACUGGUUUGCCAGAAGAGACACAGAAAAAAGUUCGCUGCUUUCAAAGAACAGCGCAACCGCAAGCAAAGGUAAAAAUCCAAAGUGGCAGUUUUGGAAGAGGGGCAGUAAGGGCAGUUCAGUCUCGAGUAAAUGUUCCUCCGUCACAGAAGACCAAAUCAACGACAUAUUGAACGUGAUGAAGAUCAACAUGGAACAGGUGGUAGAGAGGGAGAAAGAGAUAGAUGACCUUCAUAGUAGGGCAGGUCAUGACCUAGACGAUGGGGCGGAUGAUGGUGUAAAAUCUGAUGUGAUUGUUGGUGGUGGAAAUUAUGCUGCUAGUGGUGGUGGUGUUGGGGGUGGAUACGUUGGUGUUGAUAAAGUUGGUAAUGAUUUCAAAGGGCCUUAUGGGGUCAGAGAUGAUCUUCUGAAGGGAGCUGCCCACUAUCACACGACGACCCACAACAUACAACAAAAGUACUGGUGGCAGGCCUACCUCAUCUUCCGAAAAGAUCUAAACCCAAGACCGCUACAGAGUAAUGGUCAAUAUUUUGGCAACGAAGCGAUAUUGGUGAAUCCAACUUCAUUCCACAAUCAAGUCCUCAUGGACAAAGGUAUUUCACGUAACACUUCUAAUCACCAUCAGCCGUUCCUAAGCAAUAGCAUCGAUGAAUUGGACAGUUUCCAGGCUGAUGAUGACCGCAAUAUUAAAGGUUUUCCAGUUGAUGAUGACCACAAUGUUAAGAGUCUCCAAACUGAUGACGACCGCGGUAUUAAAAGGAUUAAUAAUGGUAAUAAUAAUAAUACUAAUCACGAAAAUAUGGAAUACAAUUUUGACUGGGAUGAUGAUGCUGAGUACAACAACAAUAAAAAUCAUUUAAAAAAAAUUAAUAAGAAUAAUAACAAAAACAACAACAACAACAAUAAUAAUAAUAAUAAUAACAAUAAUAAUAAUAAUAAUAAUAAUGAUCAAGAAAUAAGUAAUUAUUACACUGAUAAUAAUAAUAAUAAGCAUAAUAUAAAUAUUAACAACGUGAACAACAACAAUAAGAAAAAACAUAAAAAUAAUAAUAAAAUUCAUAAUAAAAGUAAAUAUGAUCACAUCAAAAUUAAAGCUAACGAUGAUAUAUUUUACGACACCAGAGAGAAACAUUCGUUUCGAGAACAGCCUUCAUCAUCUGUGUAA